UCAAAGCACUCCGAGAUCUAACGGCUGAAUGCAGAAAACGCGUCUCCUUCUCUACUUGCGUCUUAUUCACUUCUCUCUCCAUCUUCUUCCCGUAUAAAUAUAACCCCCCCACCUUCGAAGUCUCUCACUGUGCUCAUCAAUUCACCAUCACCCACCACCCUCUCUCUGUGUAAAAAAUGGCGAUUCUCUGCAAAAGAACAGUGCUUUUCUUCUUCUUCUUCUUCUUAUUCUUCUUAACCACUUCCUUCUUUGUUUCAGCCGAGGAAAGCUUGAAAUCAAACAAGACUUUCUCUCUGUCUUUUCCUCUCACUGCAGUCUCUCUUUCCUCCCACCCUUCCGUUUUUUCCUCUUCUCUCAUCUUCCGACCUAAACAGAACCCGAGAGUAGCCAAAACGGGGUCGUAUAACUACAGGUUAGCUUUCAAGUAUUCGAUGGCUCUGAUCGUUUCUCUGCCUAUCGGGACUCCGCCGCAGACCCAGCAGAUGGUGCUCGACACAGGAAGCCAGCUCUCUUGGAUUCAGUGUCACAAAAAGGCGCCGAAGCAGCCACCUCCAACGACGUCGUUUGAUCCUUCUCUUUCAUCCUCUUUCUCCGUUUUGCCAUGUACUCACCCGCUCUGCAAGCCCCGGAUUCCAGAUUUUACCCUCCCGACGUCCUGCGACCAGAAUCGUCUUUGCCACUACUCAUACUUCUAUGCCGACGGGACGUUGGCUGAGGGCAAUCUCGUCAGAGAAAAAAUUACCUUUUCUCCUUCCCAAAGUACCCCUCCGUUGAUCCUCGGUUGCGCAACGGAGUCUAGCGACGACAGGGGUAUUUUGGGAAUGAAUCUCGGCCGGCUUUCAUUCGCUUCUCAGGCCAAAAUUUCGAAAUUCUCGUAUUGCGUACCGACCCGGAAGAAUCAAGUCGGGUACACUCCGAAAGGAUCGUUUUAUCUCGGGGAAAACCCGAAUUCACGCGGGUUUACUUACGUAAGCAUCUUGAAUUUCCCUCAAAGUCAACAGAUGCCCAACUUGGACCCCUUAGCUUACACUGUUCCAAUGCAAGGAAUGAGAAUUGGCGGCAAACGGCUAAACAUUUCAGCGUCCGCUUUCCGACCCGACGCCGGCGGUUCGGGUCAAACCAUGGUUGACUCAGGAUCGGAAUUCACGUACCUGGUGGACGAGGCGUAUGAUAAGGUGCGGGCAGAGGUUGUGCGAUUGGUGGGGCGACAGCUCAAGAAGGGUUACGUGUACGGUGGAGUAUCCGACAUCUGUUUUGACGGAAACGCGAUGGAGAUCGGACGGCUGAUAGGCGACAUGGUGUUGGAAUUUGAGAAGGGAGUGGAGAUUCUGGUAGAGAAAGAACGAGUUCUCUCCGACGUGGGCGGUGGGGUCCACUGCUUGGGAAUCGGACGGUCGAGCAUGCUUGGUGCCGCAAGCAACAUAAUCGGGAACGUUCAUCAGCAAAAUCUCUGGGUUGAGUUUGAUCUGGCCAAUAGGAGAAUAGGGUUCGGUAAGGCUGAUUGUAGCAUAUCAGCUUAAGCCUGUCACUGACUGGCGGGGACUCGGGAAGAUAUUUUUCGGUAGUUCCUUCCGUGUAAAACGUGACGACGCACAUGUAAUGCGAGUGAUGAUGAUCAUGUCGUACUUGAUCUGAUCCGACGGUGUUGAUUAAACCAUUAGACGUAUUGGAACCACUGAUGUCUGUGGGGCCUGUACGUCGAUGUGUGGAACUUGAGGUAAUUUGCACCUUAUAUUAUCGUAUUGUAUAAGUCGAGAGAGACUAAUGUAUAUAUGUGAGGAUGUGAAGAUCAUGUUAUUCAUUUAUUUUUAAGCGGGAA